AUGGCCAGGGCGCCGGAGCCAGGCAGGGAAGCGGGGCUGGUCAGGGAAGCGGAGCUGGUCAUGGUGCUGGUCAGGGAAGUGGCACUGGAGCUGGUUAGGGCGCCGGGGCUGGUCAGGGAAGCGGCGCUGGAGCUGGUCAGGGUGCCGGGGCUGGUCAGGGAAGUGGCACCGGAGCUGGUCAGGGUGCAGGGAAGCGGACAGGAAAGCUGCGCAGGAGCGGGUCAGGGCGCUGGAGCUGGUCAGGGAAGCGGACAGGGAAGCUGCGCAGGAGCUGGUCAGGGUGCUGGAGCUGGACAGGGAAGCUGCGCAGGAGAUGGUCAGGGCGCUGGGGCUGGACAGGGAAGCGGAGCUGGUCAGGUCGUUGGUCAAGGAAGUGGACAGGGAAGCAGCGCUGAUCAGGGUGCUGGAGCUGCACAGGGAAGCGGCGCUGGUCAGGGAAGUGGACAGGGAAGCGGAACUGGUCAGGGAUCUGUUCAGGGCGCGGGAGCUGGUCAGGAUGCUGGAGCUGGUCAGGGUGUUAAUGGAACGCGUUAG